AUGAGGACUCCAUCUGACAAGCGAGACAAAACAAAAUGGUUUGAAUUCCACAAUGACCGUGGUCAUCGAAUGGAUGAGUGCAUUGCCUUAAGACUCAAAGUAUCCAACCUAUUAAGACGUGGUCACCUGACUAACCUGCUCACAAACAAUGGUAAACGAACAUUUCAGCAGGAGGCAGACAGGUCAGCUGUCCAAAGAGAAGUAACCCCGCCAAAACCACCUACUAAUGAACGAACAGUGAACGUAAUAACUAGUGGCUCUGAGGUACACGGAGUCACCCAUUCAGCAGCCAAAACACAUGCCAGGAAGACCAACUGGAUCAAAGGAGAGUCCAGUGGGACUGAGAAGAAUACCAUCAACCUACCAGCACAAACCAUCAGUUUCACGACAAUAGAGUCAACCAGACUCCUCAACCCGCGUCACGAUGCUCUUGUUAUUGCAUUUUACAUUGCUAACCGUCUUACUAAACGUAUACUUAUUGAUAAUGGCAGUUCAGCUAACAUUUUGUUUUUAAGUGCUCUCAAGGAAAUGGGGAUAGAUGAAUCAACGAUCAUAAAGAAGAUUAUAAUCCUCAUCGGUUUCAAUGGAGAGCAAAAGAACAUGAUAGGAAAGAUCGAGCUACCUGUCUAUUCCGAAGGAAUCAAUCUAUGCACAAGAUUCCUGGUGGUAGACUCUCUGUCUGCUUAUAACGUGAUACUAGAUAUGUCAUCUGGAUACAUGUUCCAUCACUACAUUGCAUUUGCUGCUCCCUCGAGCAGGGAGAAAGACAGCAAGCGACUUCGCGGGGAAAGUAGCAAAGCUGCUUCAAAGAAGGCUCGGACUGAGGAUCAUCCUACAGCAGCUGCUCCUUCAAAAGAAACAACGCCACCUCCCUCUCCACUCGACCAGUAG